GAAAUGGACGCCCCUCUCUCCACCCCCUGCAACAUCCAGAUUUGCGAGGUGACCUGCGAUUCCUUCCGCAUCGUGUGGGAUAUGACCCCCGAGGACACCGCCAGAGCCACGCACUUCUUCAUUGACCUGAGCCGCAAAGAGAGCAGGGACCCCAACCGCUUCAAACACAGGGAUGUGCCAACCAAGCUGGUGGCCAAGGCUGUGCCUCUUCCCAUGGCGGUGAGGGGACACUGGUUCCUCAGCCCGCGGACGGAGUACUGUGUUGCUGUCCAAACUGCUGUCCGACAGCCAGAUGGUGACUACCUGGUGUCCGAGUGGAGCCAGGUGGUGGAGUUCUGCACCGGGGACUACGCCAUGGAACACCUGCAGCAGCUUCUUGACAAGGCGAAAGGCUCUGCAGGGAGGCUGCUGAAAUUCUCUGUGUUUUAUCGCAACCAGCACCCAGACUACUUUGACUACGUCAGAGGGGAAUGUGGAGGCCUGAUGCGUCCAGCCCUAAAAGACUGCAGUGGGAGUCACGGUUCUCCGAUCAACGCCAAACUGCACGGAGUCUUCUUCAGCUGCAACACAGAGUUUGAUACAGGCCUCCCUCCCAAAGACUCCCCUUACGGCCCUCUGCGUUUCCAGAUCCCAGCCGGUCACCUGCUGAACCCCAACAUCAGCCUGUACUUUGCAGACUUCUACUGUAUGUACACAGCCUACCACUACGUGGUGCUGGUGCUGGCCCCCGUUGGCUCAGAGGGAGAUACCUUCUGUCGCACCCGCCUCCCCAUGCUGGACUUGGCCUCCAACCCCUUCCUGACCUACACGGACCCCCAGAGGCCGGGGGAGGAGCCUCUGUACUGCCACGCCAGCGACGUCAUCCUCGAGGUGCUUUUCACAGAGCCGGUACACCUGGACCAGGGCACUGUGGAGCAGAUCAGCGGGCACCACCAGCUCAAGAGUCUGACCACGGCCAACGCCAAGAAAGACCCCAGCUGCAAGGUGUGCAACAUCAGUGUGGGACGCUGAGGACAGACCUGGGCGUGCGUGAGAAUACAACACUGACAGACACACGAAAUGAAAUGGUCGAGCCCACCGCGUGUAGGUCAGGACACAGUGGAAACAGCCCACCUCUCGGGGUGCGUGCAUGCUGCUGUCCCUCUUCCCUCCUGCCUGGACUAGAAUAGCGAGUAUUAAAUAGACAACUUUCACAAUAUGCACCACCUGACUUCAUCUUGAUCACAGCUGGAAAUCCGGCAAACAUCCAUCCAUGACUGCUGAACAAAACAUAACUGAAGACACGAUAGGCUUUAGAAGACCGGACAAACUCCCUGCUCCUUAUUUGU